CAACGUGCGAGAUGCGGAGGUGUUCCCCCAGACCUUCGCCAUAACCCGUCUCUCGCUCUGCUCUCGUGGGGCAUCUUGCUCCCUGUUGGUCGCAUAAGCAUCCUCAUACUCCUACGGAACAGUCGGAAGAAAUGGGAGCAGCCGCUUCGGGCCCGAAACCCGCAACUCCUCAACCCGUGUCAUCACCAACACCAACACCUCCACCGCCAUCGGUCAUACCACCAUCACCGCCAAGUACGCCCACCGCCACCGCAGUCUCCAUCCCACCACCAUCGCCUCACCAAGUAUCGCUGGACGAGCGGAAAUGUCGUGAUGCGGCCAUUUUUAUCGGCGCGUCCGUCGCUCUUUUCGGUUUUGCGAUCACUGUGUUCAGAAAGGUAAACAUCCCCCCAGAUGCUUCCUUUACCCUCCUGCAUUUCCACAUCUCUCCCGUCCAUCAACGCCCCAUAACGCCUAAAACAUCAUUUCGCUUCUCCCAACAGCGCGGCAAAUCAGGCCUCCCACUCAUCCAACGCAGCCCGCGCGGCGUGUUCAUGGUCUCCAUCGUGACGACAUUAGGCGGGUACGCGGCGUACGACCUGGCGUAUAGGAGCUGCAGAGAGCGGGCGGUGAAGAAGCCGGCGUCGGAUAAGACUGUGGCUGUCAUUAGUUGAGCUUGAUUGGAGGGAUGGUGGUACCCCCGUUCGUCUUUUUUUGGGAAGCAUUGUCAACGGGAUCAGAUACGUUUUGGCACGGCGCUGUUUGGAGCGAGAAUUAUCAAAUGCAUUCCACUAUUUCUGCAU